AUGGAUAUUUCUCUGAUAUCUGUUAAUCUUGCAACCGCGGCGGUAGAAGGUGUUUUAUACGGUGUAUUCCUCAUCCUCGACGUAACGUCGAUAGCGUUACUCUUUGCUCGCGAAACUUACAUCUCAAGAGCCACUCGCCCAUCUAGUUUUCAGGCCAUCCGACGGCCCAUGUUUAUUGGCGCGGUCAUAUUGCUUGUAUCGGUCACGGGGCAUUGGAUUUGCACAGUUAUCCGGCUAUUCGACGCUUUCGUCAAAUUUGAAGGCGGAACCCAACCUUUGAAGUACUCUGCAAACCUCUCGCAGAUCACAGAGGUUGUGAAGACAGGUUUUCUGAUAGGAUCGGUGGUAACUAGCGACGCCAUGAUUAUUUAUCGCCUUUGGGUCGUCUGGGGAUAUAACUACCGCGUCAUCAUAUUCCCGCUGGGUACAUUGGUAGGGCUUACCGUAUGUGGUGCUGGGAUCACGUACCAGUUCGCAAAGUAUACCCCCGGUCAGGAUGUCUUUGCUACAGCCGCAGGGAGAUGGAUCACCAGUGAUUGUGUUUUCACGCUUCUGACCAACGUCUAUAGCACAACCAUGAUCGCUUGGUACAUUUACAGAACACAUAGGGCCGCAUCGUCUGCUGACGGAGCUGGGCAAAGUCUCAUGGUAUCCGUACCGACUGACAAACCUCUCAGAACAUGGACCACUCUCUUCAUGAUAAUCUAUCUGACAAAGACCAAUAUUCAAUUUAAUAUCGUCGAUUUUUGGCCCGAGGCAGCAGGCAUUGCCUUCAGCUUGAUCAAUGUUCGUGUUGGACUAGGCUGGGCACAGAAAGCAGGAACAUCAACACUAGGGGGGUCUUUAAGCUCUCGAAGUGGCUCUGCGCCCGGUACUGAAUUCCCCUUAUGUCCAUUAACGAUCAACAUUUCGCAAGCAAUGGUCAAGGAUAGCGGAGAAUGCCAGACAAACGACAAGAACCCGAUCCCCAAGUCAAGAGGUUAUGAGAAUUUGGAGGCCUGA